AUGGUGACCAGAAGCAAAGCUGGAAUUUACAAGCUUAAGCAACCAUACAUAGGAUUUAUAGAGGUUCGUGAAGAUGAUAAAGAACCAAGAAAUGUCAAGGAAGCUCUAAUCAAGCCAAAAUGGAAAGAAGCCAUGGAUGUAGAAUUCAAGGCUCUAAUGUCUAAUCAAACUUGGACAUUAAUACCAUUCAAGGGUCAAGAAAACAUCAUAUACUCAAAAUGGGUCUUUAAAACCAAGUAUGAAGCAGAUGGAUCAAUCGAAAGAAGAAAAGAAAUACUUAUUGCAAGAGGUUUUCAACAAACAACAGGCAUAAACUUUUAUGAAACUUUCAGUCAUAUGGUCAAGUCCAGCUCUGUCAAAAUCAUAUUAGCCAUUGCAGUACAUUUCAAUUGGGAUGUUAGGCAACUUGACAUAAAUAAUGCCUUUCUAAAUGGAAAUCUAUAG